AUGCCUAGCGCUGCUGCCUCGGAGAUUGCGGCCCACGCGGCCGCUCUGCGCGCCGAGCUGAAGGAGUGGGAGAGGGGAUUUGCAGCUGCCAAUGGAGGACGGAAAGCUGGACGGAAUGACAUCAAGCAGGUUCCUGAGAUUGCCGCCAAAUACAAAGAAUACUCGCGACUGAAGGCGGAAGAAUCAACUGCUAGCAAGAAAGAGAAGGGACAAUCGCACUCGCACUCACAACAAACUGAGCCACAAGAUGGACAUAAAAAACGGAAGCACUCCUCUCCCCAUGGGCCAGACCAAGCGCACACGCAUACCCAAACAACAUCAACCCCACGAAAAUCCACCGGUGGAAUCUUCCAAACGCCCUCGAAAACACGAACAGCACAUCCCUCGACCGUCGACCCAUAUGACUCGCCCUCUGUACUCCGCCGCCUCUUCAGUCCCUCAACACACAUGCAAUCAUCCUCCCCGCUGAAAGCCGCCAUCGGCCCGACGCCGCAACGAGACGGCAAGGCUCUCGGACUCUUCGACCUCCUCUCAGAAUCGGGCGGAAGUACUGCGACUCCAUCUGCUACUCGGAUAGCAAGUCUAAAUGGGAUGGCAGCGCAGACGCCGUCGAAGAAACGCAAGGUGAUGGAUACGAUUGCGGAGGAAGGCGAGGAGGGUGACGAGGAGGGAGAAAUGGAAGAGUCGCAUCGCGUGGAACGCACACCUGCUUCAUCGGGGAAGAAGUAUAUGCUCUCUGCGCUGUUUGCGACACCUACGACGCUUCGGUACUCGGCUAUGGUUGAGGAUGAUCCGUCUACUUCGAGGAAUCUACUGGGGAAUCUCACAGGCGCAAACGAUAACCAGCCUACGCAACAAGUACCACCACAACAAACAAACUCCGACACCGCAAACCUCGAAACACCCUCUUUCCUACGCCGCUCCACAUCCGGCCUCUACUCAUCCAGCCAAGGUGUAGGAGGCAUGACCGGCCUAAGCCCGAUUCCCGUCCGCAAACCACCGCAAUUCGUCGGAAAGGGCCUCUCGCAGCUCCUACAGGGAUUGCGCGACAUGGAAGAGGAACGAAUGGAAGAUGAAUGGGACAUACUCCGCGAGAUCGAGAUCGAGCAGGAGCAGGAGCAGUCAUACGUCGAUGUCGCGGAUAGCCAGGCGCCUGACGCGAUGGGACGGACGUACAAGAAGAGGGGUCAGAAGAGGACGACGAGACUUGUCAAAAUGAAGCCGGUUGUCUCAGCGCCGCCGAGGUCGCGGCCGAGUCGAAACUCGCAGUCUCAGUCGCAGCCUCAGCAUGCUCCAUUGUCGAGCCUAAGCGCGAAUACCAAGGACAACGAAGGCGCAGAGAGUGAAUUCGAGGAUGAAUGGGAGGCGAUUGCAGAGACGCAAGCAUAUGCGAAUACAAAUACUUCCGGAAACGACAACGCCCAUGACCUGGUUGGCGACGACCAAGACUCUCUCCACUCCAUCUCCGAAGCAGAACCAGACGCAGACUCCGACUCGGAUCCUGAGUACGGCGCCGAGCGAAAACCGUUAGCCAGAGCGAAGAGCUUCUCGGAGAAGAUGAAGGAGGCCAUUGGGGCUGAUACUCCUCGAUCUGGACCUGGGAACCAGCAAGAGAAGACAAAACAGGCACAGGAACAGGAGAAGAAAAAGAAGAAGGAACGGGAGGGAGACGAAGGGAAGGAGAACAAGAAGCCCUCGACGAGAAAGGUGAACCCGCAGGCUCAUGCGAAUUACAGGUCGUUGAAAAUUCGGAAUAGAGGCGGGAGAGGGGGGAGGAAUUUUGGAAGGUUUCGGCGGAGGUGA